GUACUGCUGGUGCCUGGAGUUUGGAAAAGGGCUAGUUCCGAAUUCCUAAUAGUCGAACAGACUGGGAGUGGGAAUGGCGAGCGGACGCCGCGGUUGGUGGGAAGACAGGGAAGGCGCUUAUUUUUGGAAAGCCUUUAGACAAAGAAUAUGCGGGACACGGCGAUGACUUAAACUUGUCCUGCCCGCGCGCGGGGUGUCGAAUGAGAUGGAAAUGCGGAGCCUCUGGGCGCGAGCUAGCUCUGCCUGCUUCGCUCCCGCCGCCUUUACUGCACUUUUUCUUUGCAACCUUACCUUGAAACUUUUAACCAACUUGAAAGAGACUUUUGCAGAUUGCUGCUGGGCGUCAUUCCCUUCAGUUUCUGGGUGUUUAAAGGAGGCAGAGCGUUGGAGGGCAGCCGUAAAUGAGGCUGCGCCGGCGAGUUUAGCAAUGCCCUAGACGUCUGUGUGGGCGCCUUUUUGGAGAGCGCUUUUGCAUUGGAGAUUAGGAAUGCGGUGGCAUGAACUGUUGUUAUCUUUAGCCCUGUAACUUUCUCUCUCUCUCUCUCUCCCUCCCUCUCUCCCCUCUGUUUCUCUCUCUCGUGUGAUACUAACCCUAAAAUAUUUAUGCAAUCAACCGAUGUGCAAAACUUAUGAGAUUUGCUGCAAUCUCUUAUGAAUGGUUUGCACUGAGCGCCUUUAAAUUUACUUGCACUGACUUGCGGGAAAAAAAAGAAGAAGGUAGAAAAGGCAGUUGCUUCACGGAGGCGCUAAGCUUUCCUGUUUACCGCAAGAUGGGGCGGACCCGCCUGCCCACACCUCGCUGCGCCCUCCGACCCUAAGCACACCUGCUCCUAGAGAGUUAUUAAUAGAGUCCAAAAAAUGACUUGCGCUGUCAAAUGAUUUUCGUGCAAAUCUAAUUUCUUGCAUGGCAAUUAGGAGGUGGUGCUUGCGUCCUUGAGCUUGGCGUGGGUGGGGGGUAAAGUGGGGCAAGGGAAGAGGUGUGCGUCUCCACCCUGUGGCUGGCGGUUAAGUGUCUUCCGAGGAGAGGCCGUGAGCUGGUGGUGAGCGCACAGCUGAGCUGGUGGCGGCUUCGGAGAAUCUCCCGAAUGGAAAUCAGGGCGUCGAGGGUGGGGCGAGCAGGCGAGAGUGGAGUCCGAAUGGGGCGCCUCCCCACCCCUACUCCUUCCGCCAUGCACCCCAGGUUUCCCAUUUCCAUUUGAGCGGCUGUGACAAUAGGGAGAGAGUUUUCGUCUCUUCUGUUUGGAAUUUUCAGCUUGGGCUGCGGUUUCUGAGGCUCUCCCCAGGCAAGGCAAGGCUGCACAAAAAAGCCUGGAUUGCUCCCUGAACCUCCCCGGCAGCGGGUGACAGCUCGUGCCUCAGCCUCGCCCUCUAGCGCUCGUCCGGAGAAGAGCUCCCCGGGUUCGUGGCGCGGAGACAGAGCGGGUACCAUGGGGCCCACCAACAUCCCGCUGGUCAAGGCCCUCCGCAACUCGGUCUCCGACUAUGUCAACUACGAUAUCAUCGUGCGGCAUUACAAUUACACGGGGAAGCUGAACAUCAGCGCGGACAAGGAGAAUGGCAUUAAGCUGACUUCGGUGGUUUUCAUUCUCAUCUGCUGCUUCAUCAUCCUGGAGAACAUCUUUGUCUUGCUGACCAUUUGGAAAACCAAGAAAUUCCACCGCCCCAUGUACUACUUUAUUGGCAACCUGGCCCUCUCAGACCUGUUGGCGGGAGUGGCCUACACCGCCAACCUGCUCUUGUCGGGGGCCACCACCUACAAGCUGACGCCGGCGCAGUGGUUCCUGCGGGAAGGGAGUAUGUUUGUGGCGCUCUCUGCGUCGGUGUUCAGCCUGCUGGCCAUCGCCAUCGAGCGCUACAUCACCAUGCUGAAGAUGAAGCUGCACAAUGGCAGCAACAGCUUCCGCUCCUUCCUGCUCAUCAGCGCCUGCUGGGUCAUCUCGCUCAUCCUGGGUGGCCUGCCCAUCAUGGGCUGGAACUGCAUCAGCACGCUGUCCAGCUGCUCCACCGUGUUGCCGCUCUACCACAAGCACUAUAUCCUCUUCUGCACCACCGUCUUCACCCUGCUCCUGCUCUCCAUCGUCAUCCUGUACUGCAGGAUCUACUCCCUGGUCAGGACUCGGAGCCGCCGGCUGACCUUCCGCAAGAACAUUUCCAAGGCCAGCCGCAGCUCGGAGAAGUCGCUGGCGCUGCUCAAGACCGUCAUCAUCGUCCUGAGCGUCUUCAUCGCCUGCUGGGCCCCGCUCUUCAUCCUGCUUCUGCUGGACGUGGGCUGCAAGGUGAAGACCUGCGACAUCCUCUUCAAAGCGGAGUACUUCCUGGUGCUGGCUGUGCUCAACUCCGGCACCAACCCCAUCAUUUACACGCUGACCAACAAGGAGAUGCGCCGGGCCUUCAUCCGGAUCAUGUCCUGCUGCAAGUGUCCCAGCGGAGACUCGGCCGGCAAGUUCAAGCGCCCCAUCAUCGCGGGCGUGGAAUUCAGUCGCAGUAAAUCGGACAACUCCUCCCACCCCCAGAAGGACGAUGGGGACAACCCCGAGACCAUCAUGUCUUCUGGCAACGUCAACUCGUCCUCCUAAAACGGACAGCUGCCAACCCGUGGGAAGCACUGUUACAUGGUCGCCCACCACCCGGCGUCGGGGGUGGGGGUAGGGGGACCGUCUCUGGGCCUCGACUGUUGCCAGGGAGGAGCUGCUGCGAGCCAGAGGGAUGGAGGAGGGGGGAAACCGCAGCAUCGUGGCGGUGCCUCGUGUUUGUGGUAGCAGUAGCUCCCCUGAACAAUGCACUGGGAAGGGUGGAGAUCGGGCCGGCCUGGAGUCUGUUUCCUCCCCACUGGAGCUUUGAUUUUGCACUGAGCCAAAGGUCUAGCAUUGUCAAGCUCCCGAAGGGUUCUUUUGGCCCCUCCUCAAAGACUAACGUCCCCAUGAGAAAGCGUCCGUCUGUCUGGAGUGUUGGAAAGAUGUUUUCUUUCACUUGAGUUCCAAAUCCGAGUGAGCGUGUGCACUUCUGCUUGUUUCGGGAUGCUCCGCACAUCCCUCCCUCCCUUCCCCUUCACGCCCCUCCUCCAACUCCUUUACUUUGUAUCUUAGCCUCCUGGUAUUGGCCAGAGCUGAGGCGGUGGCCCCAGGGCCAUUUGUUGAUGAUCUGUAGCAGGUAGGCUGUGUUGAGUAGGUAGGCAGGGAGUUGGUUGGAGAUGUAAAGCAAUUUCACAUGCUGAGGCCAAAGUUUCCAUGUGAGCUGGAUCAGUUUCUUGGAAUUUGGUUGAAGUCACUUUGAUUCUUUAAAAAACAACGAAAAACAAAACCGUCUUUACAAUGAAAUGUUCCCGCAUCAUGUCCAUUGUGGCUGUAAUUCGCUCGAAGAAGUCCACUUUCAGUGAUAUCAGCCAGGAGCCUUAGUGCUAUGGGAGAAACAAGCAAGCAAAACAAGGUGAAAACUGACUGGGAGUUAACUUUUGUAAACCAAGAGAGAUUUCUUAAUGACUUUGUCUAACAAAUACAACAGCUGUCUUUGGCACUUUUGUUGAUGUUUAUUUCAGAGUGUUACAUGAUUCAUUUUAACCAACAAGAUGGUUGUGUUUUGUUGUGUUAAAAGAACUUUUCAUGAUUUUUGAAUGUAUUUGUUUCAGCAGAUGUCUUUUUAUUGGAUUUUUCUAACCUGUGUUAACACCAUUGAAUGUGUAUUUCUUAAGAAAAUACCACCCUCUUGUGCCCUUGAAAGCAUUACUUUAACUGAUAGGGAACACCAGAACUUUUUCAGUACAGUUGUUCAUUAGAUAGUAAUUGAAGAUGUGUAUAAGUGUCACAAAGAAAGAAUAAAAAUAUAUUACUGUCUCUUUAGUUUGAUUUUCAGUGCAAUUAAACCAAGAAAUGUCUUUUUUAAAAAAUAGUAUUUAAUAGGUUUCUGACUUUUGUGAAUCAUUUUGCACAUAGCUUUAUCGACUUUUAAACAUUAAUAAACUGAUUUUUUUAAAGA